CUUGUUUAACUUGAUUCUACGAAGUGAUAUAGUGUGAUAUAGUCAGAUACAGUAUUAAAUUUUCUACUGAUAACACGUAUCUACCAAAACCAGGAAGUAUUAAAUUGCCAAUAAUUAAAUAACAUUGAAUUGCUUUUGAAAUGACUAAGUACAAAGUCAAGAUCGGUAUAAUUGGCGGUUCUGGUUUGGAUGAUCCCCAAAAUCAAAUUCUCAAUUCUCGCACAGUAACUACUCGAGAAGAGGCCAAAAAUGACUUUGGAUUACCUUCUAGUGAUCUCUAUCAUGGAAUUAUUAAUGGAGUAAAUGUUGUAUUAUUGUCAAGACAUGGACCAGGUCAUAAGAUAAGCCCCACUACAGUAAAUUAUCGUGCAAACAUUGAGGCUUUACGACUAGCUGGAUGUACUCACAUACUUGCAUCAGCAGCAUGUGGCUCUUUACAAGAAUCCAUCUGUAGAGGGCAGUUAGUAGUUCCAGAUAGUUUCAUAGAUAGAACAAUAAAAAGACAUGUGACAUUUUAUGAUGGCAGUUCAUCCAAAUAUUCAGGUGUAUGCCAUAUGCCAAUGGAACCAGCUUUUAAUCCAGAGACAUCAAAUAUAUUAUUCGAAGUUGGUAACGAAUUAGGAUAUGAAAUAAGAAAUGGUGGAACUAUAAUGGUUAUCGAAGGACCUCGUUUUUCUUCAAGAGCUGAAAGUAAUGCAUUUCGGCUAUGGGGUGGAGAUUUAAUUGGUAUGACUACAUGUCCAGAGGUAUAUUUGGCAAAAGAAGCAGGACUCUUAUAUGCAAUCAUAGCAAUGGCAACAGAUUAUGAUUGUUGGCGAGACUGUGAAGAUAAUGUUCAUGCAGCCGAUGUCGUAGCAGUGUUUAAACAAAAUGUCAAUAAAGUAACGAAUCUACUUGUAAAAGCAAUCAAAACCAUAGGCGAAAAGAAUUGGGAUAAUGAAAUCGAUGAUUUGAAGAAUUUAUGUCAAAGUAGUAAUGUUUCUUCUUAAAUUUUAUUACUUUUAUAUUUCAUUAGAACAAUAUCAACAAGAUAACAAUUUCAUUUUAAUACCAAUAAUUCUAAUUUAUACACUUUCUACUCAAUGGUUUUGGGAAU